UACAGCAACCCUGUUGGACUGCCACGUAUUACACCCAAAAAAAUACGUGCGACACUCGAAACAAAUCUAUCUAUAUACCACUUAAUUCCCAAAACCCAACCUUCUCCUCCUUUUUCUUUGGUUCUUUUCCUUGUGAAAAUGGGCGGCCACCUCCUAUCCCUCUACUCCUCCUCACAGGCAUCAAGGAUCAAACGCCUAACCGCAACUCUCCCAAUCUCUAUCUGCAGGGUACGUACGAACAGAUACAGUGAAGGGAAGCAAGAGAGCAUUAAUACAGUACACGGCGGGGUUGAUCAGGAGAGAGCACCUUCGACGGCGCAGGAGUUCAAGAGAGUGGCGGAAGAGAAAGCCCGUCAGGGAUUCGCCAGCCAGACCGUGGAGAAAGCGCAGGACGGGGCGGAAGAGGCUGUCGUUGGGGACUCCACGUUUGAAUCUGUGAAGGAAGCGUACAAGGAGGCUCCAGCUGGUGAUUUCCGGAAGACAGGAGACGAACGAUGAGGGAUAUCAUAAGCAGCACUAGUAAAUACCACUUGCUUUACGUACUCUUUAAUGUAAGAGAGGAUGGAUGUGGCUCAUGACUGACUUUUCUGCGUAAAUGAAAUAAAAACGGACUUGACUUU